AUGAACGAGAAACGAGAGGCCCAACCAGUCCCUCAGUUCUGCGGGCUCCGGCGCUGGGAAUCGCGGCGGCGGGCUUCCGCCUUGGGCAUCCGGGAGCUCACUGUUCUCCAGUGUCUGGAGAAGCAUUGGCCAGCUCAGCCAAGCUUUUCAGGGGCCAGCAUCUCAGCAGGAGGAGCUCACGCCUUCAUCCAAGGUGACAGCAGCCUUUCUUUGAGCUGGGAGGGCUGGAAAGGUGCAGCUGCCCCCUUAGUUUACAGAGGAACCCAUCGGGAGGUCGUGAGUUGCCCAGGUCCACAGUGUCCGACUGCCGAGCAGAGCUGUCCCCCAACUCCAGGUCGCAGAUGCACCGCCCUGCGCUCGGAUCCCAGCCUGCGGACCAGUCAGGACCUGCGCUUUUGUUCUCUGGAUCCCAUCUGGGGAGAGGCUGUGGGGCCCUUCUCAGGACAGCAGCUCUGUGGUUUAAUUGACCUGCACAGAGACACCCUGGAACCUUCCGAGUGUGAACCAGGAGGCCCUGGCCUGCUCUGCACCCUGCCAGGGACCUGUCAUCCACAGCUGACUCCACUCCCUGACUCGUGGCCUGAGAUUACUGGGGAUCUGAACACCCCAGGGAAGUGGGUCCCUGCCCACUGGCUGAUCGCUGACAACAGCUCCAGCUCAGCUGAGUCCAAAGGUCUGAUCAGCGUUUCCAGUGAAGCAGCCAGCAACCCUGUAGUCGGAGGGCUCAGAGCUCCACCCCAGGGGGAACCAGGGAACUGACGGAGGCCUGAGGCCGGUGUGGGCCUCCACCCCCUGCCCUUUCAUUCCUGGGUCUCAUGGAAAUCAAUCAAGACCAGCCAAACAAGGAAAGCAAAGGCUAUGUAUUCAGAGCUUGCUAUAGUCAGCCACGGUCACUCGUGUUUUGGCAGAGACGGAAAGGCAGGGGGAGGAGGGGAAAAGCUCUAGAGUGGACGAGAGCGGGGAGCUUCAGGUGUGCCCUCAGGGAGGCUGUUGGCAUGGGGACAGCGUAGGCAGGCUGCCUAGCAUCCCGGCAUCCUGGUUGGGGUGCAUACUUGGCCUUCUCUGGUUGGUC